CGUUCCUGGAAGGUUCCCAGAACUUUCUCCUAACCUCUUUACUCUGAUACCGCUGCUGUCAGUAAUCAUCCAGCACUCCCAUCCCUCAAUAGUUGUUUCAAACUAUUGUUUAAUCAUUAAAGAUAAUCAGAGCACAUUUAACCGUCAUAAGGAGCAUUGAAUGAGAUUGAAUUAUCCGUUAAUAUAAGAUUUCUUUAUUAUAACUACCAUGUACCAUAUAAUAACCCAGAUCUUACGUUUCUUAAGCACCAAAUAACAAUGACUUGGUUUUAAGAAUGCAAAUUUUAUUUUUUUAAAUUUAAAAAUCUCUCUUUUUGGUCCGUAAACAAAAACGAUAUUGCUGGUUAAUAUCAUGUAUCAUGUUCUCUUCAAUUACUUGUCAAAUCUCCCUGAAAUCACAAUAUUUACUCUCAAAUAUUUAUUAAUUAUGAGUAAUUAUUCAAUAAAGAGAUCAAUAAACGAGUUUUAGUCAGUCAGUAAAACAAAAUGACCAUUAAUUUUUAAAUGCGAGUGUGCGGAUUUAUAUGGAACAAAGGAGAAAAGCGCGUGCUGGAGAAGCGUGUGCUGGACGCGCAUGCAGAUCAGAGGCGCGCUGUAAAGAAACAUACAAACACACCCAGUGUUUAUGGUAUGCUUUUCAGACUAUGCACAACCUCGGCUUAAUUUCAGCUAUAAAAUUGGAAUUAUAUUAUCAUUAUAAUGCGAUUUGACUACUUUGAUGUCUACACUUUAUUAAAAGCUUAUUUCAGACAUGAAAUUAUGCAAAAAUAGUUUGUUUACAUGGUUAUGACAGCUAAAAAUAACCUGCAGGGAACGUUACGGGAACGAUCUCUGUAGGUUAUAAAAAUAAAACUUUAAAAUAACCUGAAGGGAACGUUCUGGGAGCGUUCUUUUUAGGUUAUUAAAAAAAAUAACCUACAGGGAACGUUCCUAGAACGUUCUUAUUUGGUUUCCAAAAAAAUAACCAAAUGGGAACGUUCCGUGUUUGUUGGGUAGACACUCCGAAACUAAAAUAGAGAGUACAAAGAGAAAGUGAAACUAACUUUAUUAACAACGUGGACGCCUGAAACGAUCAACCUCUUUAAACAACAGAAUAUUUAUUGAGCCGUUCAAAGACCCUUGUAGACACAUCAGAUACUCACAGGCAUGAAGAGAGGAAGACCAAAGGCAGCAUCUUCCCUGACAUCAAUGAAAAGACAGAAAACCAGGAGAAAGAUUAUAGCUGAUCCUACAUUCAUGUCUUCCUCCAGUGGUACACUGACUAAGGAGCUUAAGUGCUCUAUAUGUCUGGACGUGUUCAUUGAUCCAGUCAGCACUCCAUGUGGACACAACUUCUGCAAGACCUGUCUGAAUAAGUGCUGGGAAAACAGGCAGACCUGCAAAUGUCCAUAUUGUAAAGAAACAUUCAAACAAAGACCUGAUCUCAAGAUUAAUACCACACUCCGAGAAAUCGUAGAUCACCAUAAAAUGAAAAGUUCUGAGAAAAAAGCUGAAGUUCUGUGUGACAUCUGUGAGGAAAGAAAGCUGAAAGCCCUGAAGUCGUGUCUGGUGUGUCAGAGCUCUUACUGUAAAACUCACCUGGAGCCUCAUUUGAGAGUGGCAGGUUUAAAGAAACACAAACUGAUGGAUCCUGUGAGUAAUCUGGAGGACUAUAUAUGUCAGAAACACGAGAGACCUCUGGAGCUCUUCUGUAGAGAUGAUCAGGUAAUCGUGUGUCUGUCCUGCACUGAUGGAGAUCACAAGAACCACAACACUGUUUCAUUAGAAGAGACUCAGUUGAUGAUCGAAGAUGCGCAGCAGAUGAUCCAGGACAGAAUCAAGAGGAUUGAAGAAAUCAAACACUCAGCAGAAAUCAGAGAAAGAAAAACAGCGGAGGAGAAAACAGCCCGUGUUGAGCUCUUCGCUGAUCUCAUCCACUCCACUGAGAGAUUUCAGACUGAACUGCUGGAGAUGAUGGAGGAGCAGCAGAAAACAGCAGAGGAACGGGAGGAAGAGCACAUUGAAGAGCUGGAGCAGGAGAUCACUGAGCUAAGGAUGAGAAACACUAAACUGCAGCAGCUUUCACGGACUGAAGAUCUCGUACAGAUUUACUCAUCCCUGUGCAGCCCUAGAAACACCAGGAACUGGCCUGAGAUCAGUAUGAAGACUCAUGAGAGUAUGGAGACUCUGAAGAGAGCUCUGACUCAACUGAAGGACACUCUAGAUGAGAAACUCAUGCAAACUGAGCUGACGAGGAUGCAGCAGUAUGCAGUGGAUGUGACUCUGGAUCCUGAUACAGCUCAUCCAAACCUCAUCCUGUCUGAUGAUGGAAAACAAGUGAGACGUGGAGACAUUAAGCAGAAACUCCCAGACAACCCAAAGAGAUUUGAUAGAUAUGCAAAUGUCCUGGGGAAGGAGGGAUUCUCCUCAGGGAGAUUUUAUUUCGAGGUGCAGGUGAAGGGAAAUAAUGACUGGACUUUAGGAGUGGCCAGAGAAUCCAUUAACAGGAAGGGAAUGAUCCCACUGAGUCCUGGUAAUGGAUACUGGACUGUGGUUCUGAGGAAUGUGAAUGAAUAUAGCACCUGUGAUGAUCUUCCUGUCUCUCUGUCUCUGAGAGUGAAGCCGCAGCGGGUUGGUGUGUUUGUGGAUCAUGAGGAGGGUCUGGUCUCCUUUUAUGAUGUGGAGUCCAGCUCUCAUAUCUACACUUACACUGGUCAGACCUUUACUGGAAAACUCUAUCCAUUUUUUAGCCCAUGUCAUGAUGGAGGUAAAAACUCAAGUCCACUGAUCAUCACACCUGUAAAUUACAAUAAAUGAAUUACACACCUGAUACAAAAUAGAUGAAAAUGCUUUGUAUUCUGAUAAUGCUUAAAGGGGUCAUAUAAUGCUCAUCUUCCACAAGUUGAUAUUAUUCUUUAGGGUCUUAAUGAAAAGUCUGUUACAUAGUUUGGUUCAUUUGUUUCAUUGGUAGUGUAAAAAACCUUUAGUUUUUUUACACUGUUAAAAACGGCUCUCGUCAGAGCAAGCCGUAUUGUGUCAUUCUCUUUUAAAUGUUAAUGAGCUCUGCUGACUCUGCCCCUCUCAUCCGAGCCGCUGUCUGAGGGACUGUUUACUUUAGCCGCAUUCAUCGUGAAACUUGCUUAUUAGCACAUUAUUAGGAAAGGCCAUUUGCAAAGAUUCAUUUAAAAAACCUUGUACUCACUUCUUCUGGAGGUGAAGGUGGAUCACGAAUGAUUCGUGCGAACAUAGACGCAUUUAGCAGGGACGUGCAGAGAGUUCCUCGGGCAGGGGCUCAAAUGUAAAAUAGGGUCAAUGUAAAAAAACAAAAAACAA